AUGAUGGUGUGUAUAAUAACUGAUUUACCUGACCUAGUCGUGUUGGAAUUGUUCUCGUACUUUAAACCAGUUGAAUGUAUUUAUUUCUUUUUCGAUUUCGAUGAACGAUGGAACAGUCUAUUAAAUGAGAAACAGUUUGUAGCUAAUGUCAAUUAUUUAUCGCUUCUAUCAUCAUCUACAUUCGAUUACAUUUGUUCUCGUGUGCUACCGCGUGUUUCAUCUAACAUCAUCUCAAUGUCGAUUAAUGGAAAUUUUAUGGACGGUUGUCAAUUAAGAAAAAUAUUUCAUAAUCUUAGCUUUUCAAAAUUAAAAAAGUUAAAACUAUUAUGUGUUCUAGAACCAGAUGAUUUCGAACUUUGUUUUAAGCAAACAUCUAAUUUAACAGAUUUAACCGUUAAUAACGUCAAUGAAUCGGCAGCUGAACAAUUUUCUUCUGUUAUUUACAAAUAUUUACAUACAUUAACCAAAUUUGAAUGUCGAGAUAAGCUGAAUUUAAAAUUGAAUGCAAAUUGUCAUUAUUCAUUAACAACCGUGACCUUAUGUCUUCAAUCAAUCUGUGAUCUGUGGAUCCUGUUUAAUUAUUUACCAUGGCUAGAGUGCCUGCAGAUUGGAUUUAAUUUUGAAUAUAAGAUGAACGACGACGAAUGUUCUCGAUUUGAAUCAUGCUAUAAUGGUAGUCUUGUUCAUGAACUUGUACCGCGAUUAACUCACUUUAAAAUGAUAAGUACUAUGCCUCAAAUUGACUACAGUAUCUUCGAUCGUGUCAUUCAAUCAAUGAUUUAUCUUCAGUCGUUAUCGUUUGAUUAUCGCGUUCACGUAAGCCGUUCGUACCAUCGGUCAGUUAGCGGUUUGCAGCUAGCGCAAACGUUAUACCCCUUGGCAAAUUUGACACAUUUAGAAUUUCGUUUGAGUGUUAGAGUGGAAUUGGGACAAGAUAUCUCCGAACUAUUCUUGACAUAUCAGUGUCAGUGGUCCAACAUUAGUUGGCAUGUCGAUGAUGUAACGAAACUGUUCUAUGUUUAUACACGUCCGUGGAUGAAGAGUGUAUCGUUUACAAUAUUUGAUUAUGACAGAAGUAGGAAUAUCGAAAUGAACAACUUUCAGGAUGUGACGCUAUUAUGUUUAUUUACGACAGCGUCGUUGGAUAGAGUAAUAAAACAUUUUCCAAGUAUAACUCACCUUAAAUUAUCAACAACAUCUUAUCAAUCACCGUCAUUCUCAACCAUGGAAGAACGAUUAAGAACAUUGCAACACUGUGUUCACUUAUCAAUAUUUGCCCAUUUCGCCGCUUUAUUUCGAACGACUGUUGGAAGCUUUACCUAA